UCCUCUUUGCUCCCUUAUAAGAAUUAUAGGUAAAAAAUUGGGUUCGUGAUCGAGGUCGCUGAUUCUGAAAGUGCCAUUGACAAUUCGGAAUAAUGGACAAAGCGGAUUCUACUCUGUCUGUUUCAUCUUCGCUAGAAUGGCCGGAUUAUGUUGUGAUAGCUAUCUAUUUCGUGGGCAUUCUCGCCGUAGGACUGUGGUCUGGCCGUUCUAAUAAGCAAGACAGCAUUAGCGGCUAUUUUCUUGCAUCGAGAAAUAUGCACUGGAUUCCGGUAGGAGCUUCAUUAUUUGCUAGCAACAUCGGAUCAGGACAUUUUGUUGGACUAUCCGGAUCGGGUGCGGCUUCCGGAAUUGGCAAUGCGGCAUUCGAAUUAAACGCCAUGUUUGUUCUGAUUCUUUUGGGUUACGUCUUUGUUCCUGUCUACAUGGCCAGCGGUGUUUACACUAUGCCGGAAUACCUACGACUCAGAUUUGGUGGGCAGCGGAUUCGUGUCUACCUUUCCGUGCUAGCCCUUCUUCUCUACGUGUUCACUAAAAUCUCGGCUGAUUUGUUUUCCGGAGCUAUUUUUAUUCAACAAGCAAUGGGUUUGGAAGGAGACGCAGGGAUUUAUAUUUCCAUCUUGAUCCUCCUAGGUAUUGCGGCACUCUUUACCAUCACCGGAGGAUUGACGGCUGUUAUUUGGACAGAUUUCGUGCAGACCAUCAUUAUGUUGAUUGGAUCUUUCAUUUUGAUGGGCAUGGCGUUUGUCAAAGUCGGUGGUUACAGCGAGUUGAUUCGCCAGUUUUUCAUGGCGUACCCGAGUGAAAACUACACCGCGUAUGAUUUGAACAACAGAUCGUGCGCAAACAUUCCGCCCGAUGCGAUGCACCUUUUCAAGAGCAUCACGUCGCCUGAAUUACCGUGGACUGGCGUCGUUUUCGGUGUUACCAUCUCGUCCAUCUGGUAUUGGUGCUCUGAUCAGGUUAUCGUUCAACGAACUUUGGCAGCGAAAAGCAUGAAUCACGCAAAAGGAGGCUGUAUCAUGGCCAGUUUUCUGAAAAUCCUUCCGUUGUUUAUCAUCAUUUUCCCCGGAAUGGCUUCGCGAGUGCUAUACACUGAUAGGGUUGCCUGUGCUGAUCCACAGGCGUGCGAAAAAAUUUGUGGAAGUCAGGCCGGAUGCACUAAUAUCGCUUACGCUGAGCUCGUGAUCAAUUUAUUACCUCCAGGAUUGACUGGUUUAAUGUUGUCCGUCAUGUUGGCAGCUUUAAUGAGUUCUUUGACUUCGAUUUUCAACUCAUCGUCAACUAUUUUCACUAUGGACAUCUGGACUCGGAUUCGGAAAAAUCCUUCUGACAUCGAGCUGCUCAUCGUCGGAAGAGUGAGUUGCUUGUUGCUGGUGGCAAUCGGUGUGUUGUGGGUGCCAAUCAUCCAAAAUGUAGCCGGGUCACAAUUAUUUACUUAUAUGCAACAAGUGCAAAACAUCUUAUCACCCCCCGUCAGCGCGGUGUUUUUGUUGGCCGUCUUUUGGCCACGAACAAAUGAACCAGGAGCUUUCUGGGGCCUUAUGGUAGGAUUGAUUGUGGGACUCAUCCGCUUCGGUUUGGAGUUUGGUUACGUUAUUCCACCAUGUGGCACAGGUCUGCCUGAUCCUCGACCAGAGGUCAUCAAGAAGAUUGUGGGAAACGUUCACUAUCUUCAUUUUGGUUGCAUUCUGUUCGUCAUAUCGCUGGUAACAACGGUACUCGUUUCACUUAUCACGGAACCGAUUGAUGAAAAAUAUUUGUACCGUCUUACAUUUUGGAGCCGUCACAGCUCCCAAGUUCGAUCGAUAUUGGAAGACAAUGACAAUUCUGAUAAAUCACAAAAAGAGACGACACCCAUAAUGAAUGCCGAUUCUUCGACUACAGCAAGCAACGACUCAGUAAACGAACUCAACGAACCCCAGCCAAUAGUUGACAAUGCAGUUGAAUUGCCUGUCUGGAGGAAGGCCAUUAACUGCCUCUGUGGCGUCGAGACUCAGAAAGUAACCCAGGAUACUACCGCUGUGGUGACUGCUGUUAUCGAUCCCAAGCAAGAAGCCCUCAUGGCUAGUGAGUUUAUUAAAGAAGACCCGAAAUGGUUUAGGUUCGUGAACACCAAUGCCAUAUUAGUCAUGUCGGUGUCUGCCUUUAUGUGGGCAUGGUAUGCCUAGACUGAAAUUACUGGACGCCACCCAAUGCAACCGUGUUUUUAUAGUUAGUUUGUCUAAAUGUGUGUUGUUGCUAUAAUACUUCCUAGCCCGAUAGGUUUGCGAAAAAGAUUGGUCGUGAACGCUUUUUAUAGGUAAAUUACGUUUGUUGCUGGGGUUUUCUUUGUGCCAAAAUAGUAUAACUGCCAACAAGAAUGUUCAGUUUGCUCUAUUUUUACAAAGCAACAAACACAAACGUGAAAGAAAACAUGACCAGAACGUAGUACUAGAAUUAUUCGCCAAAUCUUCAAGUACUUGUUCUUUUUGCCAUGUUUUUUGUUUGUUUUUGUUUUUCCAUUUCAUGUUGAAAUUAAGAUUGUUGCAAGCAGUGCAAAUAGUGAAUUCUAACAAAUAGUCAAACACUUGUUAACAUUAUUAAUCUUGGGCUAGGACUAAACGGUUUGAGCUCUUGCAUAUGUUUUGUACUGUUGACGUUGACUUCUAUGUUAUUCUACGUAAAAAAGUCAUAUAUAGCGGCUUAGAUUUUA